AUGGGGCAUGAGCUCCGUGUGCUUCCCUUGCGGAAGGCUCUGGUGCUGGUCGUCAACCUCGCAUCGACAGUUCUAACGCUGAUGGCAGGUUUGCGUGAAAAUCCGCUGAUCGUCCUGGUCACUGGCCGCUACGAUGAAAUGCGAGCCCGUUUGAUGGAGCGGCGUAUCAACUACAACCUCGUUCGAGACGAUUUCCUCGACAUCGACGUGCUGACCAACUUGACGCGAGUGGGUGAAAGCUAUCGGUUCUUUUCUGCGCCAACUCGCAGUCCAGACAACCUCGGAGAGGACCGAAGCACAUGUAUGCGCGUUAACUCAAUCAACGUGACCCACGCUGAAGUGUAUUUCGAUGAUUUCUGGGGCACAGGAGCGCGACGCUCACAAUACUUUUUCCACAGUAUCUCUGCUCCAAGAUGCGACAUCAUCAACUUCAAUCCUGAGUGGUUCACCGAGUGUGUUUACACUAACAACAACUCGACCGACGACUGCCACCGCUACAUUUUCGACAACUUUGACGACCUCAGUAAGAAAAGGUUUGUUCAAAACGGUGUUCCAGGAGACUUUGGUCGCCCUGGCAUGCCGUUCUUACGCUGCACUGGUCGACCGCCAGCGUCGUUCAUGUACAUGACGGAUUUGAUGGUACACCAGGCGUUUUGGGCCGGCGGAAGCUACCACAUCCAUUUUGAGAGUAGCAAAUGUCUCGCUGUACCGAGAAUUAUCGACUUCGAAACGAAUUAUGGUCUCUUCCAGACAGAAUCGCUGGACCAGCAAGCCGAAGUUAAGGUGGCUCUUGACAACACGGGGUGGUUCACUCUGAUCGUUACCUACGCUUAUGGUCUUGUCACGUUACUUCUCGUUGCUCGAGGUGUGUUUAACACUUUAGCGAAGCUGAGAAUCGUCAAUUACGUGCCAGUAAAGUUGCGUUUCGCUGGGGUUCGACGAUACUUCAAGUACAUUUUUCCUUUCAUGAAUUUGUCGGUCUGGACAUCGGACGAUGAGAACUCGAUCAUUCGAUUUAAAGGCAGAGUUAUCAUGGCGUCCGACGUGUGGAUUAACCACUGGCUGUACAUGUUGCUGAGUAUUUUGGAUGCCCUAGUAAGCAUUCGCAUGACUUACAGUGUCUAUGAAAUCGGACAGUGGAUGCUUUCGAUGCAUAUCACGAUGGACAACUUCAUUUUCAUGGCUUCUGCUAUCACACGGAUGACGUGGCUCAUGUGCUUUCUCCACACGGCGGUCAGACUACUUCUCAAACUGGGAGCGCGGUCUUUGAAAGCCAUGAAGAUGAUUCGUCCCCAUCACCAGCACAUCCUCGAGUGGUAUAUCGACGCUAGCACAUUGUUUCUUAGCUACAAGGUCUACAGCUUGAUGCUUUGUUUCUUAUUGUACGUGCUUCUUAAAGUUCGCGGAGGAACAUCCUUCAUGGUGAACGCCCCGAAUCCCAGUCGUGGAAUUUUUGGUGGUGCACCAUCUCUCGAGAAUUUCUGGAACAGCGAGAUCAUGAUCGAUUUCGUUGUGUUGCUCUCGCUCAUGAUGCUCGGAGGCGGUUUCUUCGGCCUCGUCAUGUUGGCAACACCUUACAAGCGUGUGGCCAACAACAGACUGCUACAUUUGAUCCAGAGACGCUAUGUUUUCGUUGGUUGGGACCUCGGUGCGGUGAUCGACUCUUUGGGUAUCGACCCAUUUAACGAAAAGCUUUUGAAGGACGACGUUGCCACUACCAGUUGUCCAUUCGGGUGUGUCUUACAGCAACUGUACCAGUCAGGACCAAGUGGGCACGUGACAAUGGUGGCAGAUUAUCUCUUCCAUGGCAACGGAUUUGCCACUCCGCCCGUGGAAUUUCACUUUCCAAUGCGAAAAGCGGUAACGAUGGGGCUAUUACGAAGCAAUAAAUCGGGAACAACGAAAGCGACGAAGGUAAGCGCCGGUGCGAAGUACACGACUUCCGAUGCAACAAACAACUUUAGCACUCAAGCGGACCACUUUGACCAGCCAAGUGACGUUGGGGAUAUGCCGAAUACUGAGAACAAAAGUUUGUUCGAGAAGAACUUGCGGCUUUUUGCCGAGACAACGUAUGGCCGAAUGAUCUUGAUUGACGAAAAUAAGCCCGGCAAAUGUGGCAAGAAUGCUGCCGGGAUGAUGGAGUACACGACUACAGACGCGCUCGCUGCGAUGAGCAUUCUGGAUAUCAAACACUUGUUGAACGGAACAAAAAAUCUAACGAUCGGAUAAACGACAAGUGACGACUGCGCAGUAAAGUGAUGCAACAUUAAAUGAAUCGCUAUUUUCAUAUUAAAA